CUUUUUCUCCAUUUUCUUUUUCCCUUUCCUUUCUUUUCCCAUUCAUUCCCUUUCCCUGUUUUUUGGGAGAGGACCCAAAGGGCCUCUGAAAGCAUCCUUGGUUUCUUUUUAGGGAUUUGGAGAUGGGGGAAGGGGAGACUACAACUCUCAACUGUGACUUUUCUUGGGGACUGCAACUCCCAUCAUCCCCUCCCCUCCCAGCUGGGUUUCAGUUUUGUUGUUGUGGGGGGCCUUCAAAUCUUUUGUGAUUUGGGGCAACCCUAAAACAAAUCUAUCCUGAGGUUUUCUUGGCAAAUUUUCUUCAGAGGGGGCUUGCCAUUGCUAGCCUCAGAGGCUGAGAGAGUGUGACUUGCCCAGUGGGGAAUUGAACCCUGGGCUCCAGGAUCCAAGACUCAAACCACUCCACCAGCUUUCCUUAUUUCCCAGGCCAAGUCAAUUCAGGGAUUUAGGAUUGGGAGCAAGGACCCUGGCAGCAUCUGCACAGCAGAUUUAAGGCAGUUUGACACUGCUUUAGCUGCGCUGGCUCCAUGUUAUGGGAGCCUGGGAUUUGUAAUUUGUUGUGGCACCAACACUUUCUGGCAGAGAAGGCUCAGUAGUUCGCAGAACUACAAAUCCCAGAAUUCGUUUGCAUUGUGCCAUGGCAGUUAAAGCAGUAUCAAACUGCAUUAAUUCUGCAGUGUAGAUGCUUCUUGGUGAUCCCCAUCCUGCAGCCACACUCCCUUUUGCUCCUUCCCAGCCAGAGUAGACCCUUGGCCUGAAGGGCAUUUACCUGUUUUUGUUGCAUGCCUUCAAGUCAUAUGGAGACUCUCUAAGGCAAACCUAUCCUGGGGUUUUCCAGGCAAGAUUUGUUCAGAGGGGGCUUGCCAUUGCCUUCCCUGAGGAGGCUGAGAGAGUGUGACUUGCCCAAGCGGGUUCCAUAUCUGAAAUCCACUGCCCAGUAAGUCGCUCUGAUCCAGAUUGGUCCCAGUUCCCAUGGAAGCCAUGUGGUUGAUCAAACUCCUAGCGCUUGUUGCUCUAGUUGCCGCCGUCCCUCCUGAUGGCAAGAAGUCUACUGGGAAGAAAGCCGUCUCGGAAGAAAAGAAGCUGAGUGAGAAGGCAAACACCUUGGCUGACCGUAGUGCAACUCUGGCCUUCAACCUCUACCAUGUGAUGGCCAAGGAUAAGAAUAUGGAGAACAUCCUGGUAUCUCCUAUUGUGGUUGCAUCUUCUUUGGGACUGGUGUCUCUUGGAGGCAAGGCUACUACUGCCUCCCAAGCCAAGGCCCUGCUUAGUGCUGAUAAAUUGAAUGAUGACUAUGUACACAGCGGCCUGGCAGAGCUUCUGAGCGAUGUAAGCAACUCCACGGCCCGAAAUGUCACCUGGAAGAUCGGCAACCGCCUCUACGGUCCCAGCUCCAUCAACUUUGCCGAUGACUUUGUGAAGAACAGCAAAAAGCAUUACAACUAUGAACACUCCAAGAUCAACUUCCGGGACAAACGGAGCGCCCUGAAGUCCAUCAAUGAGUGGGCUUCUCAGACCACCGAUGGCAAACUGCCAGAGGUCACCAAGGAUGUGGAGAAGACAGAUGGAGCCUUGAUUGUCAAUGCCAUGUUCUUCAAGCCUCACUGGGAUGAAAAAUUCCAUCACAAGAUGGUGGACAAUCGUGGCUUUAUGGUAACCCGGUCCUACACAGUUGGUGUUCCUAUGAUGCAUCGCACAGGAUUGUACAACUACUAUGAGGAUGAGGCAGAGAAGCUGCAGAUGGUGGAAAUGCCACUGGCCCACAAACUCUCCAGCAUGAUCUUCAUCAUGCCAAACCAUGUGGAGACACUGGAGCGGUUGGAGAAGCUACUGACCCGGGAGCAGCUGAAAACCUGGCUGGGCAAGUUCAAGCAGAGGGCGGUGGCCAUCUCCUUGCCCAAGGUCAGCCUGGAAGUCAGCCAUGACCUGCAGAAACACUUGGCUGAUCUGGGUUUAACUGAAGCCAUUGACAAAAACAAAGCCGACCUUUCCAAGAUUUCCGGCAAGAAAGAUCUCUACCUCUCCAACGUCUUCCACGCUGCGGCUCUGGAAUGGGACACGGAAGGGAACCCCUUUGAUGGGGACAUCUAUGGCCGGGAAGAGAUGAAAAGCCCAAAGCUCUUCUACGCCGACCACCCUUUCAUUUUCCUCAUCAAGGACAAUAAGACCAAUUCAAUCCUUUUCAUUGGCCGACUGGUCAGGCCCAAAGGAGACAAAAUGCGGGAUGAGUUGUAGUGUGUGAAAUGGCUGGGUGCAUUUGUUGGUUUGUUUGUAGAAAUUGGGAGGGGAGGGGGAAAUAACGAUAUGUACCUUCUGUGAACUGGUGCUUGCAGGCCAUUCUCUCACUAAGGUUGCAAUCCUUCUGCACAUUUUCAUGGGAAUAGGACUUACUUCUGUGUAAACUGAGGGUAUGACACACUCGCACAGUAGAAGUGCCCCAGCCCAAAUGGCAGCCUCCAUUGUCAGUGUAUGUUCUGGGGUACCAAAAUUGUCCUCUAUCCUAUCCACCUUCUGGAGGUCACCAGAGGCAGUUGGCUAGUCCAUCUCACACUGGUUGGGACUUGAUAUAUGCUCUGGGCCAAGUCAGGAGAUCAGUCCCUAAUAUAAGCCCCCAUAUGCAGCUGGGGAGCCUUGAAGGACAAACAGCUAGCUCCCUCCUUCCCACAAAUGGAGGGAUAUGGUAGUCCUCCCAAAAAACUACACACUCCAACCAUUUUUGAAAAGACUGUGCCAUUGAGCAUGAAGCUGUCACCAGUAGUAUUGUCUCUUUAGAGGCCUACAGUGGUGGUGGGGAAGAGGCGAUAACCCAUUUUACAGCCCUGGGCUCUGUAGCAUUAAUGAGAACUAUGAUCCCUCACUAAUGCCUAGUCUGCCUAGAGCUAAUGGGAACUGUAGUCCAACAACAUCUGGAAGGCUGCAGUUGUCUGCCUUGGCUUUAAAUUGCCACCUUCUUGUGUGCCUUGCACAACUGGCAGCAUUGCUUUUAAAGAUGAUUCAAGCAAAAGCAGCCCUCCACAGAUGGAACCGAUACUAACAUGCACUCUUAAACCAAGCAGGUUUACCAAAUCCCACUAUUUCUGUUUCAAGCAGGAUUGCCGUUGGUAACCCUUUCCAUUUCAGCAUAGUGAAGUGAACCUCAAUAUUUCACUUAGGUACCAAAGAUUUCCUGCCUCCCAAGUUAACAUCCCUGCUAUGCCAACUCUUACUAGGUUGUUAAAAGCAUGGGAGUGGGAGGGCUUGGGGAAAACCUUUGUAAUGUGAACUAGGAAUGCAAGGACUAAACCCCUGGACUGCUGCUGCCUUUGGGAGGUGAAGUGAAUAAGAGUGUCAAUGCUACCCUGAAGACAAUCUUUACGCUGGUGCUAUUACACAGGGAAGGGGGGAGGAGAGACAAGGGCAAGGAAUUUUGCAAGAGGGAUUGGACACGAAUGCCAGAUGCCUUGUAUUCUGCUAUCCCUCAAAAUUUCUUGUACAAUUUUUGCAAUAAAAUGUUUUCCAGA